GAUACAUAGGACGUUCGGUGGAGUUACGAAUAAGAACCGAAGAGUACCGAAGUUAGUCGAAGCAUUACGGAAAAUACCGAGCGUAAGCGAAACGUAGAAGGGAGGAAACGACGCGUAUGCGAACGACGCCGAGGUCUUCUCCGGCUUUGGUUGAAAGAGUGUUCGCGUCUACGGGCGCGGCUUUUGCGUCUCGAGCUGGCGUUUUACACGGGAAAAUGUCCUCCCUCGACUAUCUCGACUUGUGUCGACUCUGUCUCGUGAAGGACCGUGUCUCCGUGCCGAUAUUUGAGGGCGAGGGCGACGUAAGGCAAAUUUUUCUCAAGAUAACCGCCUGCCUACCGGUCAAGGUCGAUAGGGAAGACAAGUUACCUAAGAAAAUAUGUGAUGACUGCGUGUAUAAAGUAGAAUUAUUUUAUCAAUUUUGGAAUACAUCGGUUAAUGCGGAAAAACAAUUGUUGCAAUGGCUGGGAGAAGUUGGAUUAGAAGAAAAGCCAGAUUAUGUUACAAAUGUUCUGAAUCAAAACGUUAUGAAACCAGAUCCAAGCGGUGGAAACAGAUUAGAUGGAAGUAUGAUGCAGCAAGUAAGCGGGCAUCAAAACAACAUGGGUAUAGGUAUGAUGGACAACAUCAGCUUGAGUAUGCCUAUGAUGAUGUCCACGACCAAUCAACAACAAAUAACCUCAGUUCCUAUGGACGCAAGUGGUAGUUCUGUGCAAGAAAUGCCUGGUACAAGUACUCAGUCUACGCAUGAACAAAUCACACAAAGUCAAACAAAUACAAGCAAUCAACAUGAAGAAGAGGAGGAGAGUAGUGAAGAAGAAGAAAACUCGGAAGAUGAAUGUGAUGGAGAAGAAGGCCUACCUGUUAAAGAAGAAAGUGAAGAAGAUCCUAACAAUAGCAGAGUCAUCGAACCAACAACAUUUGUAAAUGUUUCAUUAGCCUGCGAUGAAGCUGGCCCAUCGGGACUUCAACAACAGAAGGUUACUGAGAUGCCUGAAAUGGCAAUGCAACAAAGUACAGACGGAGAUCCCAAAUCUGGAAGCACAUCAAACCAGAUUGAUGAUAAUCAAUCGAGAAACACAAAAUUACUUCAAAGUGAUAUCCCAACAAGAGUUGAUACUUCGCAAGGUAUGAAAUCAGAAAUAACAUGUAAAAGCAAGAAAUCGGAGGAUAUAUCUAAUGGUGAUUGUAUAAUAAAGUUGAAAAACAAACGUCCUUUAAAAGAAUGUAGACUGACGUUAGAGAAUCACAAUUACGAUUUACGUCAAACAAAGGAGACUUCAAAUGUCAUUGACAAAAUAACAAGAAAUCAAGAAGCAUUGACUUGCGUGACAAACGACUUCAAAUGCAACAAGAGAUCAACUAUGAUAGCUUAUCUGGCGGAGAAACACAAUGGGAAUGGUAGAACGAGCGAAGAUGGUAACUGCAAGAAAAAACGUGAAUUCAUCUGUAUCGUUUGUGAUGUGGUAUAUGCAAAAAAGGAAACAUUGAGAUCACACUUUGUACAAAAGCAUACUCAACAUUAUUGUUACAUCUGCAAAUACUGUGGCAAACAAUUUAAAAUCAAAAGUGAUCUUACGACUCAUACGAGACUGAUUCAUCAAGAAUCACUAGUGAUAUGCGACGUCUGUGGAAAAACUUGCAAGAACAGUCAUAGUUUGUAUAUUCAUCAGAAACAUGCUCAUUACAAGGCAAAGUUUGAAUGUCCAAUGUGCCACAAACGUUUGGUAACCAAAGAGAACCUGGACCAACACGUUUUGACUCAACACGAGAGAAAGGAGAAGUCUGUUUGCGAAAAAUGUGGUAAAACUUUCAUUGAAAAUUAUGAUCUCCGUAAACACAUGAGAAUUCAUACAGGUGACAAACCCUACAACUGUACUGUUUGUGGUAGAGCUUUUGCUACCCACAGUAGUCUUAGUCAACAUCUUCUUCUACAUACUGGCGAACGAAUUUAUACCUGUGAUGUUUGUGGCAAGUCUUUCGCUCAAAAGGCCGGUCUUAUAUGCCACAGGAAGAACCAUUCAGGAAUUCUACCACCACUACCUCCUACUUACGACCCUCGCGGUAUUUUCAUCUACGAUAAAGAAACUGUGGUAAUGAGGAAAUGGCAGAUUUUAGAGUUCGAUGGAAAGCCAUAUUAUGCAUUUGUACCGGAGGGUGACGUACCGUUACCAGACGAAGAUAUUCCUGAAGAAUUGGAGGAGGUUGUAGAGAAUGAGGAAGAAUUGAUGAAGGAGGGAAAGGAAGAGGUAAAUGAUUUGGUAGAAGACGAGGAAGGUAGCAAGGUACCAAAAGUUGAAUGCCUUUAUAACGAAGAAAAUUUACAAUAUGAUUCGAUGGAUGAAAAACUUUACGAGGAAGGAAAUAUUUUUAAUGGUAAUUACGAACAAAAGGAGGAAGAAAUAGACACAAAACCGAUCGUACUUAACGGAAGUAACGGGGUAGACGGUAGAAACACUGUAGGAGAUUUGUAUCAGGUGAAACUUCAAGGUAGCAUGGUGACCAUAGAAAAGCUUUUUUCUACAGAUAUCAAUGUGAAAUCAAACAAUAAUUUUCAAAGCGAAGAAACUUAUAACAAUAAUGCUGAAGACGAAGGAGAAGUAGAAUAUCUCGAAAGCGAGAUCUUAGGAUCUACGAACGAUACCGCAUCUCCAACGAAAAAUCGCAAAAAGGUUUCGAAUACUGCACUGAAGUGUAAACUGUGUUCAGAGAUGUUCAACUCAGCAAUAUCCUUUCGAAAGCACGUCGCAUGGACUCACAAAAAGAAAGUGUGCAUACAAGAGGACGGUGCUUAUAUAUGCGCCGUGUGUGAUUAUAGAACAUUGAAGAAAAGCUUGUUCGCGGCACAUCUUGAAAGGAAACACGAAACUUGGUCGAGAAAACGACCAAACAAUUUACUCUUUCCCUGUGCCGCUUGUGGAUUUGUAUGUAGAUCCAAACACUCAUUACAGUCUCAUUUUAUAAGGAAACAUACGGAUCGAUAUGAACAUCAGUGUAAAUUUUGUCCGAAAAAAUUCAAGGUCAAAGGUGAUCUCACGAAUCACGUGAGAUUCCAUCAUAAGGAGAAACCAUUGAAUUGUGACGUUUGUGGAAAACUCUGUCAGAAUAGUGGUUCUCUUUAUGUUCAUCAGAAAUGGGCGCAUUACAAGCCAAAAUACGAAUGUCACAUUUGUAAAAGACGAAUGGUGACCCAGGAGAACUUAGAUCAACAUCUUUUAAUGCAACAUGAAAAGAGAGAAAAAAUCGUAUGCGCGGAGUGUGGUAAAACAUUCACAAAAAAAGAUUCUUUCAAGAGACACAUGGCUGUUCAUACCGGAUGUAAACCACAUUCUUGUCUGAUCUGUAACAAACCUUUCGCAAGAAGAUCGCAAUUGAGACAGCACUUGCUAAUACACACAGGAAAGCGACCAUUUGUUUGCGACAUUUGUGGGAAAGCUUUCACUCAAAAACCAGGUUUAAUAUGUCAUAGAAAGACACACCCUGGCCCUCAUCCACCAUUACCCGUGAUGCCAAUCGCGGACAUCGUUAAGGAAUUUACUGAGGGAUACGUUCAAGAGAUCAAUGCUCGUGAAAACGACGAGAGAAUAGUCGAAGAAACAUAAAUAUCCGAUCCAUUGAGCGUGGACAUUAAAUCCGCUCAUCUCUCUUCGCUGAAACUCGAAUACGACGAAUGCAACGAAACAAGAUUCUUGAAACGAACGGAUAACGAGGAUAACACUCGAAAGGAAACGUCUGUUUUCUUUGUAGAUCGUUUCAAAAAUGAAACGACUACAUUGAAUAUCAAAGGGUCAUCAAAAAAGAAAAUAAAUAAGAAUGUUGAAUGUGAUCAUUGUCAGCGAAAAUUCCUGAAGAAGAGUAACUUGAUAGAACAUUUGAAACAACACAAACAUAAAUGUACCGAUUGUUCAAAGACGUUUAGCCUUCGACGUUAUUUAAUCUCUCAUACUGAGAGGAUUCACCGUCGUCAGAUUUACGAGUGUAGCGUUUGCGAAUACAAAAGUAAUAACAAGGGUACAUUGAAGAAUCAUUAUAUUCGUCUACAUACCAACAGUUAUGAUUAUUCUUGCGAUACUUGUGGCAAACAGUUCAAGAUCAAAAAGGCUUUGAAUCAUCACGUUAAACAGAAUCACAGUGGUGCACCACCUAUCGUAUGCGACGUUUGUGGACACUUCAGCAAGAACCUUCAUGCGUUGAAAGCUCACAUGAAGUACAGACAUUAUAAACCUGAGUUCGUGUGUCGUAUUUGUAGACGUGGCAUGACGACUCGUGAAAAUCUUGAACAACAUUUAGCUUGGCACGAGAACAGAGAAAAGGUUCUUUGUCCCACAUGUGGAAAAAGAUUCCGAGGUCGUGAUCUCGAUUCCCACAUGCGAAUACACACUGGUGUCAAACCCUUUCCCUGUCCAGUUUGUGGUAAAUCCUUCAGAAGGCAAACUGCUCAAGAACAACAUGUUCUUAUACACACCGGAAAGAGACCAUACAUUUGUGAUAUUUGUGGACAGGCCUUUGCACAAAAACCAGGCCUAAUUUGUCAUAGAAAAAGACAUCCUGGUCCUUUGCCACCUCUACCAGUAGUGUCUGUUAAAAGUAUAGUUACUGAGUUUACCAGGGAAUAUACAACAAAAAAUACGAUAAAGAUAGAGCAACAGAGGAAGAAAUCGCGAGGUGUACACGAGUGUAUCAAGUGCCGUGCACGUUUUCGUCACAUGAUGAAAUUAGUUGAACACUUGAAGAAUCUGCAUGGUAUUGAAAGAGCAUUCAAUUGCGACGAAUGUGGAAAAGCCUUUCGUAGUCCAAUGAAUAUAGCACGUCACAAAUUGAUCCACACCGGUCAAAAGAAAUUUGCUUGCGAUCUUUGUGAUUACGUUUCUAAUCAAAAAUCAAAUUUGGAAUCUCAUCUUCGAAGACAUAGAAAGGAUUACGUUUAUAAGUGCGAAAAGUGUCAGAAAGGAUUCUUUGAUAGGGCAGACUAUGAGGAACAUUUUAACGUACACAUCAAAGAUAAAUUUUAUCAAUGUGAAUAUUGUAAAAAAAUGUAUUCAUAUAAGAAAAAUCUAACUAGGCAUUUGAGAACUCAACAUACGAAUUUGUCCUGUAACACGAAUGUUUCAACUACAGCUACGAACAAACUCAUUGGCAGAAUCAACUUGACCGAUCAAAAGUUAUUGAAAGAUAAAACUUCUAAGUUGAUCAAAACGAAAUAUCUUUGUGAUUUGUGCGGUAAAGCAUUAUCUUCGCAUAAGAGACUAUCUAUUCAUAGGCGUGUACAUACUGGUGAAAAAAUAGCCACUUGUGAAAUAUGUUCUAAGAAAUUUAGUAGUAAAGAAAAUUUAAAAAUUCAUUUGCGAAUUCAUACUGGAGAGAAACCGCACGUUUGUUCCGAAUGCGGCAGACGUUUUACGCAAAGGACAUCUUUGGUUAUGCAUCUUCGUUAUCAUUCGGGAGAAAGACCAUUUAAAUGUCCUGAUUGUGAUAAGAGUUUCAUUUCCGGUACGUUCCUUAAGAAUCAUCGUAAGGUACAUGACAAGAUUUCCGCCGAUAGUAACAAAACCCUUGCAAGAGACAACAGCCAUUUAGAAUUGAACUCAUACGAGACGAACGAGAAAGCCUGCGAAUUCUGCGAACAAAAAUUCCACUUCGUAACAAGACUGGUGGCUCAUCUAAGGAUCGUUCAUGGGAUUCAUCGACCAUUCAAAUGUAUGAUCUGUGGGAAAAACUAUCCCCAGCAAUUCAUGUUAAAUGCUCAUGUAAAAAAAUGUCACACGCCGAAAACCGUACCAUGUACGCAAUGUACUUUUAUGGGGGUUGAUACGAGCGACUUGGAGAGACACAAAAAGCGUCAUCAUCGAGAAGAAAAGUUUACCUGUGAGAUAUGUAGCGAAAUAUUUACCGAAAAAGUUGCUUUCACCUCUCAUACGGCUAUGCACAAUUUUAUGGAGUAUCAUCAGUGUAACGCAUGCGGUGGAACAUUUAACGACGUUUACAGCUUGAAAGAACACAAUCGUUUAUACCAUUAUGAUCCCAACAGUGUGAUAGCGGAUGAUAAUCUUCUGCAAUCGGAUCGUCAAAGUUCAGAACACAAAUGUGAAAUUUGUGGAAAAAUUUACAAAUACAAAUCCGUGUUGAAACAGCACAAAGUGAAGGCUCACGGUGAUUCGUCGAAUUACGAGAGACGUCGUUAUCUUUGCGCUCUUUGUGGCAAGGAAUUAAAAACAGCAAAAGGUCUCGAAAUUCAUAAUAGAUCCCACACAGGUGAGAAACCAUACACUUGUGAAAUUUGCGGCAAGUGUUUCGCUUGUGAAACUCUUUUAAGGACUCACAAUGUCACACAUACGGGAGAAAGAAAAUAUUCAUGCGAUCAAUGCGGUAAAGCAUUUACACAAAGAUCCACACUUGUCGUUCAUAAAAGAUAUCAUACGGGUGAAAGGCCCUAUGUAUGUUCUCAGUGUGGUAAGGGUUUCGUUACUAGAACGGUUUUGAAUACUCACAUGAAAUCGUGUCGAUAAAAAAUUGUAUUCUUGUUAUAUAAGAAAAUUCGACUCCUCGAUUUACACUUCCAUGUCUAUCGAUUUUUAUAUCCACAUUUACACUUGUACGAUUAAUUUUGAUAUGAUAAUAUAAAAGUUCUUCCCAGGUGGAAACGAACGAUCGAACAACGUCCAUAUUAAUAUAAAGUUUUUUUUAU